GAAGGAGGGGGACCUUUUGUAAACAAGCAGAUGACAGUCAUUUUUCUGACCAACUGCAUAUACCGAACAGUUGGCGAGUCCACGAAGAGGAUUAUCUACCGAACUGUAUUGGCGUGUGAAAGAACAAUUACCUAAUGCCGAGCUAAAAGACCACAACUAACCGCCUUGUCUAACCUUUAUCCUAAAACAUUGUAGCUUAAAGGCGCUUUCCGCGCCGUUCGUUAAACCAUGCAGGCUAUGUAGCCUAAAGGCGUCACGCGAGCUAAUAUUUACACACACCUGCAGGUGUGCGUGCUCAGCACAAUCACUAACGAGGCAAUAGUCGUUUCCAUUGGCUGCUUCAAAUGAAGCCAUUAUUUGAUUGUAAGUGCACCAACCGCCCUUAUUGUUUAUGAAGGCACGUUUGAAUCGUUACUGUACUAUGACCAGUUAAGACGGUUCUUCCGGGUAUUAGAUGGGUACGCGCACAGACGCAAGCCAGUCUGUAAUUGUUUAAUUUAUAAUCAUAGACGCACACGUUCAUGCACUGGCAACAUUGUUGAGGCACUUGUGAGACUGAAGAACAUCGUGACAUCUCUGCAACAGUUUCGACAAGCACGAAUGAAUUGACCAGCAUUUCCAUGUGGACAUCUAUGCUUGCAGCGCCACAUGACAGGGGUGGCAACCAAUAGGAGUGUGGCAUUCAUUUGAAUAUUGAAGGUGAUGGACGGUUGUUUCAGCAAAUGAAAAGUCUUCCUUGGUUUGCAAACGUUAGGGUGCCAUAGUUACUAAGAAAGACGCUUUUGUAUUCCACCAACAAUAGUAAAUGGAAGCGGUUGAGCUGACGGCAUAUGGAAUUCAUUGCAACUAGAAGGGAAAGUUCGGAAAAAGAGCACAUUUAAGUCCAGUCUGUGUGUCUGCAGCAUGGCUGGCCAACAUCUUUACUGCCGCUGAUCCUCUUUAAGCCCCCAAAGCACUCCGCACCCACCACUGUCUCUGCCCUAUCCCAUCGAGACAUCCCCCCCUUCGACCCCCGCCCCAUCCUCACCAGCUCACCCCACCCCAAUCCCUAACACCCCUGACCCAGAGGCUAGGAUGAGGGUGCCUGGUCAGGCCGGAGUGCCCUGUGGAUGGAUGGACCCGAGUUGGCAGACGGGGUUGAAGCGGGUGGAGAUGGCUCGCGGUCGGGCCGGCUACGGCUUCACCCUGGUGGGCCAGCGGCCGUGCCUGCUGAGCGGCAUCGUGAGGGGCAGCCCUGCCGAAGUGAUCGGGCUGCGACUGGGGGACCGCGUGCUGAAUGUCAACGGGACGGAUGUCACCGACGCACCGCACGACGCUGUGGUGAAGCUGAUUGGCUCGUCCGCGGGGAACUUGAGACUUGUAGUAGACGGCGGAGUAGGAGGAGACGGAGGAAGUUGGGAGGAAGGGGUGGCGAUGCCCCUGCCAGCCCCCUUACUGGUGGACUCGUGCUCCAGCGACGAGGAACUGGUCAUCCAGAGCACUGACCAGCGGGGGUUAUGGCUGAAGCCAAAUAACUCCAGCGAGAAUGUCAAGGUGCCCAAUCACCAACCUUGGCACCCUCUCAAUGGCGCAGCCGGACCAAAGAAUAACCUUUCCAAAGAGAGGCCCCUCUCUGAGCCCGACCUGUCUUACUUUGCACGCUGGGGGUUGGUGAAAAGCAACCCGGAUUUGCUGUCCGAAUACGAGACAGCCAAGCUCACCAGCAGCGACUCAGUGUUCGCAGAGUCUAUUCACAGCUUGGACAAUCUCUCCCUGGACAGCAACACUCUCAACGUGGCGAUGGUGGUCGGAUACAUCAACUCCUCCCUGCUCGACCUCGCAACCUCUGCGCAGAAGGGAGAGGUCGUGAGCGAGGAAGAGGAGCGCCUGCGAUGCGUGCACCGGUGUAUCACCCAUGUUAGUGUUGACCAGAGCACGCACUCCGUGGUGAUGAUGCAUAUUUCGUGCGACGGUGUGCAGCUUUGCGACGAUGCGGGCACUACCCUGGUGUCUUACCCGGCUGAGAGGCUGGUGCUUGGCACGACCUGCCCAGAGGACCCACGUUUCUUCGGGCUCGUCACCAUCGACACAAACGGGCUGGCACCACGGACGUUCUGCCACGUGUUCUUCGUCGACCCAGGGCUGUACCGCCACGAGGCCCACGAGUGCAUCCGGGCCCACUUUGGGUUCCAGUGCACCGCGGAGACCGACUCGGACACGCUGGGUUGUUUGGAGUUCCCCCAGAGCCCGAACUCGGUCCUGCAGUUUGUGUCAGUGCUGUACCGCGACAUGGGAGAUUUUGUUGAGCGUCUGCGUGCGCGAGCGGAGCGGGACGCCGAAGAUGACCAGCCAAUCAGCACUCGCCACAGUGGCAGCGGCGACAGCGGAAUAGGAAACACGUCUCCAGAGGAACCCAGGGGCCACAACGCCCUGUCUGAACGCUGGAGCCGUUCCAUGGGCCACAUUCCGGAAAAUGUUCCGGAACACAUCUGGAGCGACCUCCGACCCCUCGCCCCGAGACACACGCUAAAACAGGAUCAGCACCACAAGGCCUUCCCCGGUCGAGCCCGGCGGUGUCUCCUCACCGACCCACUCUCAGGCCCUGUCAGACAGCCACCAGUUGGGCACGACACGACCUUUAUCAGGCCCCCUCCUCCUCCGUACCCGCAGGGCAAAGCAAAAGCCAGCAGCACUGGCUUCGGCACCCCAGCUGCCUCCAACAGAAGGGGCAGUCAGCGGUGGUCGAGCGUGGCGAUUCGUACCCGCUGGCAGCGCUCUCGCCUUGGUGAUGGAGGCGAGUCUGCCGGUGCUCGUCCGGCGUCGUCGACAAAAAGCAGGACCCUGCCCUCGCCCAUGGAUCAGGUCCCCGUGAACAGGUCCGCCGACCCAAACCCAGAUGGGCUUCCACCCCGCGGUGUCAGCCUGUACAACGAGCCUGUCAAAAAGCUCUUCGGCUGGAACCAGCACACCGGUUACAGGGACAAAGAUGACAGGGAUAAUAAGGGCUCCAGGUUCUGGGGGGGCAGUAAGGGCCGUUCUUCCAUGCGCCGCCCCUCCUCUCACGGCAAGCGAUUGAGUCUGGCGCGCUCGCUGGACGACCUGGAGGUAAGGACCUCCUAGCUGUUACGUUAUUGCCACAUUCAACACAACACUGCUCAGUGUCUGACAAGGCUUCCCAGUUAUCUUUCUUUCCCUUUUGGGGAUUAAAUUAUCAGAUGAUGUCUUCAGAAAGGUGUGUGUGUG